AUGCAUUCUAAAACAGUUAUCAUUGGUUCAGGUCCAGCUGGUCAUACAGCUGCACUUUAUUUAUCUAGAGCUACUAUUGAACCAGUAUUAUUUGAAGGUUUUUUAGCAAAUGGAUUUGCUCCAGGUGGUCAACUUACUACUACCACUGAUGUAGAAAAUUAUCCAGGAUUUCCAGAUGGAAUCUUAGGACCUGAAUUGAUGGCAUCAUUCCGUGCACAAAGUAUAAAAUUUGGUACAAAAAUUUAUACAGAAACGAUUACAAAACUUGAUCUAUCGUCACGUCCAUUCAAGUAUUGGCGUGAAGGAAGAGAAAGCGAGGAAUCUGAUACAGCUGAUUCACUUAUUAUUGCAACUGGUGCUGCUGCUAAAAGAUUAAAUUUACCAGGUGAAGAUAUAUAUUGGCAAAAGGGAAUCUCUGCUUGUGCUGUUUGUGAUGGUGCAGUACCAAUUUUUCGUGAUAAUCCACUUGCAGUAGUUGGCGGAGGAGAUUCAGCAGCAGAAGAAGCGAUGUUUCUUACUAAAUAUGCAUCACAUGUAUAUGUUCUUGUUCGUAGAGAUAAACUUCGUGCAUCAAAAGUAAUGGCUAACAGAUUAAUGUCAAAUCAAAAGGUUACCAUCCUUUGGAAUACUAUUCCAAUAGAGUGCAAAGGAAAUGGUAAAUUGCUCAAAUCUUUGAUGACAAAAGACACAAAAACUGGCCUAGAAAAAGAAUUGGCAGUUAAUGGAUUAUUUUAUGCAAUUGGUCAUGCUCCAGCUACAGAAUUGGUUAGAGGUCAAUUGGAAUUGGAUGAAGAUGGCUAUGUUAUUACUAAACCUAAUAGUACCUAUACAAGUGUAGAAGGAGUUUUUGCUGCAGGCGAUGUACAAGAUAAGAGGUAUAGACAGGCCAUUACUAGUGCAGGAACUGGAUGUAUGGCUGCGCUAGAUUGUGAACGUUGGUUAAGUGAAAAUUUUGAUUAA